UUGCACAGAACUUCCUCCUCUCUCUCCUCCUCCUUUUAGCCAUUUAUUUGUAUAUCUCUAUGUAAAAUUGUAUAUCAACCAAGCCAAUCCCAUAUCCUGGAUUUUACAUUCUUUUGCACUACUAGAUUCCAGAGUUCAUCAUUUGUUAUAGAUAAUUCCGUUCUGGGGUAACCAUGCAGAGCCCCUCAGAACAGAAACCAGGAGUCUUCACUCACACUGCUCAAUGGCCAAUUUCUUCCUUAGCGUGGUCAGUUCGCCAGGAUAAAAAAUCACGCCUCGCCAUUGCAAGUUUUCUUGAAGACUACAGCAACAAAGUUGAGCUCGUUCAGUUCAACCUCGAAACCUCCGAUUUCUCCACCGAUAAUCGUCUCAUUUUCGACCACCCAUAUGCCCCCACGAACCUCAUGUUCUUCCCCUCCGAAGACACUGGAAAUCCGGACAUAAUCGCCACCUCCGGCGACUACCUCCGCCUCUGGGAAAUUCACCACGACCAUAUUGAACUCAAAGCGUUGUUGAAUAGCAACAAGGGCAGCGAGUUCAACUCCGCCAUCACAUCAUUCGAUUGGGCUGAAUUCGACAUGCGCCGUGUGGCCACAUGCAGCGUGGACACGACUUGCAUAAUUUGGGAUAUAGAGAAAGAAAUUCUUGAGACUCACUUGGUUGCACACGAUAAAGAGGUUUAUGAUAUUUCAUGGGGAGGAUUCAAUGUUUUUGCAACGGUUUCGGGAGAUGGCUCAGUAAGAGUUUUUGACUUGAGGGAUAAAGAAAGAUCCACGAUCAUUUAUGAAAAUCCUGUACAGAAUUGUCCAUUGUUGAGGCUGGAAUGGAACAAAGCGGAUCCAAGAUUCAUGGCUACAGUUGGAAUGGAUAGUAAUAGAGUUGUAGUUUUGGACAUUCGUUAUCCGACAAAUCCUGUAAUGGAGUUAGUCAAGCAUACUGGCAGCGUGAAUGCGAUAUCAUGGGUGCCAUUCAUCGGAAGGCAGUUGUGUUCUGUGGGGGAUGAUUCAAGGGCUCUGAUUUGGGAGGUGGUGGGGUCGGAGUUUGGAUUGGAGAAUGGAGGGGAAGUUGAGCCGGAAUUGUGGUAUGGAACAAUGAGUGAGAUUAAUUACGUGCGUUGGUGUCCGAUUGAGCUGGAUUGGAUUGCCAUCUCUUUCUCCGAUAAGUUACAGCUCUUGAAAAUUUGAAGAUAGGUUUUUGUUUUUCAGUAUUGUAAAAUUACUAGGAUUGAGAUAAAAUUUAAGAUUUAAGCA